CUGCCAGUCAGUCGUCUGUGAUCUUUGUUUUUAACAGAAUGAAAGCAUUUCUCCCACUUUGUGUUAUCUUUGCACUGGCUUUCAGCCAAGUUAGUGCUAAUUGUUCAGCCGAUUGUCCCGAUACGGAGGAGGUGAUCUGGGCUCUGGAUGACUCCUGCCUUGUGUUCCGCAACAAAUGCUACUUUGAUAAGGCGCAUUGCUAUCGUGACGAACCUCUAACGAUUACCACAAAAGCGGAAUGCCAAAACUUUUGCAGAUUUAAAUGCCAAUUUAUUUACGAUCCAGUUGUUGGUACUUACAAGGGAGAAUCAAUGACUUUUGGCAAUAAAUGUGAAAUGGAAACAUACAACUGCUUCACUGGGGAAACCUAUGUGUAGAAGUGUUUAUAAAUCUCACUCAAGUGGUCAUUCGAUAAGGCUGUGCUAUAGGAUAAGCCUUAUUUAACAACUUUGUUACACAUGAACUUAAAGACUUAUGGAAACUUUAUCAAAAACAUUUCACAUUUCGAAUUGACUGAGUAAAAGAAAAUAAACAAAUAUGACUUAA